AUUGAAGCCAUUGGCGGCGCCAUCGAAACGACGGGACUACCAGGAACGAGAACGACAGAAUAUAUUCGUACGAUCGAUGAAGACCCGGAGGUUUUUAACGUGUAGUAUUGAAACAGAGGCUAAUUGAGUAGUUGUGUGAGCUUGUGAGCGUGUACUAACGUGUUUUGCGGGUAUUUGUGAAUCAAGUUGAACAUUUUUAUGCGUUUAACGGAGUUACUCGUAUGCACAGCAUCAUCGCAGAUUGAUAAAACAAAAAAAAUAUAAUUUAAUCCCCGAGGAAGGAAGUAUAAAACACGUGUGUGCGCAAUUUAUAUGCUCCCAUGCAGAAUUAUACUGUUGAACAAUAAACAAGACCAGAGAUUAGCGUUGAUCUCCAAGAUGUUCCAGUGAUACUUGUGUCAUCUGUGAAUGAAUUAUUCUGCAUACAUGAGUUACAAUGAUUAUUUUGCGGUAUUGAGUGUACUUAAUUAUUGCAAGUAGAAGCAUAUUAAUGUGGAUCGUUAUAAGUUUAUUAAGCGCCAUGUCUCAGGAUGGACCAAUCAGCUGCUCGGUGAAUCGCUGUGAGACCUCCAAUCUGUCCUCAGACGAAUGACAACAAAAGAGAUACAUGUGGAGUUUAGUAUUGACGGAGAAGAUCGAUAAUUUGCUGUGUAAUCAUCAAACGAGGAACGUACGAACGAACGAACGAACGACACGAAUUCGAACGGAUAAUCCAAAGUGUAUCAUCAAAUUCCGUUUGGCUCGAAAGAGUCUCUAAAGAUCAUCACGCUGGGUACCUAGCUAGGUUGUAAAAAAAAAAGUGUCGAGGAAUAUGAAGAGAAGAAAUGCCGAGUGCGGCAAGCUCCGGAGGCCCUUAAAACGUAACAAGAUUACUGAAGGAAUAUAUGGAAAUACACUACUGUAUCUCAAGCUCCUCCUGCUAUGGGCCAUGGUGAUUUUGGCAGACUUUAUAUUAGAAUUUCGUUUUGAAUUCCUCUGGCCAUUCUGGCUUCUGUUGAGAAGUGUUUACGAUUCGUUUAAAUACCAAGGAUUGGCCUUUUCAGUAUUCUUCAUUUGUAUCGCACUCACAUCCGAUAUGAUUUGCUUCUUUUUUAUUCCCGUACACUGGCUAUUCUUUGCUGCCAGUACGUACGUCUGGGUUCAACACAUCUGGCACACAGAUAAAGGUGUGUGUCUACCAACUGUGAUGCUGUGGCUAAUAUUUAUCUACAUAGAGGCUGCAGUGAGAUUGCGAGAUUUACGUUACAUGCCGUCUCAUUUGGAUCUCUGCAGGCCAUUUGCAGCACACUGCAUUGGAUAUCCUGUUGUUACACUGGGCUUCGGUUUUAAAAGUUACGUUAGCUACAGAAUGAGACAGAGAAAGCAGAAAGACGUAUCCAAGGAAAACGAAUUUUACCUGCAGUUGCUUCAGCAAGCACUGCCGGUUGAGCAGCAAACAGCAGGUACAACACAAUUGCAAUCGCAGUUACAGUCGCCGCUUAUAACUGCCGAAACAAAUUCCAAGUCUCAACCAAACAGACACAGCAUGCAGUACAAUGCAAGCCCGGAAAAAAGUAGAGGGAACGGGGGUACAUGUUCAGCAGAAACGAGUAUACAAAAUGGUAACGUUUCGAGUGAUGCAUCUCACAUGCAGACACUUAAUCAAUUACAAUCACAAAGUCUAACGACAAAGAAUAAUCAUAGAAAAUCCCUGGAUAAGGGUGAAAAACAGGAGGACCAACAGAAACACAGUUUACCCCAAUCGUCGUCAUUUACAUCAUCGGAGAAAAAUGAUAAGAGGUUUGUUCACAGUAAUGGUACAAGUUUAUCACAGAAUGAUGUACAAUUUAUCGAACGAUUACAUCAGUCAUCAGUCAAUGAUUACGAUGCUAAUGAAAUUGAAAAAGAUAAGACUGUAAAAUGUAAUACAUCACAUUCGUCGGUUAAAGCACAAUCCAAUGGUACAGCUAAUUGUGGCAAAUGGAAUAAUAAUAAUAGUAUAAAGGAGAAUCGAGAUUCAAAUACAGUGAAUAAUCAACGCGAGCGUAAAGGCAGACAAGGAAAAAAUGUAUUAUCCGAUUCAGAGCAGCAGCAGCAACAACAACAGCAAAAACAACAGCAGGACGAGUAUUGCCAGAGGUUAUUAAUAUGCCGUAAAUUGGAGUCGGAUGUAAAAAAAUUAAAAAGUGAUUUACAGUCGAGUAGACAAACGGAGCAAGAAUUGCGUUCACAAGUGAAUACACUUUUAAGUAGUGAGAGACAGUCAAAGGGUGAUAUACAGCAGUUGCAACAUGACAAUGAUCAACUGCAGAGCAAACUUCAGAGUCUGAUGUCUGCUAGACAGUUGGAUAAACAAACAAUGUCAUCGUUUGAGAGAAGAAUAGCUGAGGAACGUAGACAGAGGACAGCAUGUGAAGCAUCACUUGUUUCGGAGAGACGAGCCAGGAGAGUGGCUGAGGAAGCCAGAUCAUCUGUACCACCACCACCACCACCUUUAAUAAAACAGGAGUGUACAGAUGCAUGUAAAACACGCCGCGCACAAAUGGAACAAGAACUCAAAAGUCUCAGACGUGAGCUUAAAGCCAAAGAUGAGAGAUAUUUGACACUUGAAAAAGAGUUAAAUCAUUGUAAAGACAGUCACGGUGAGACUGAAAUUAUAAUUGGUGCAUUGAGUGCUUUGCAGGAUAAAAAUACACAUCUUGAGAAUAGUCUCAGUGCUGAAACGCGAAUUAAGUUGGAUUUGUUCUCUGCCCUUGGUGAAGCUAAACGACAGCUUGAAAUACGUGAGAAUCUCAUUAGAUCCCAGGAAAAGGAAAUUGAUAUGUUGAAGGCUAAAAUUGCCCAGGAUCUUGCUGUUAUGCCCCAGGAUACAUUUGGACAGACAUCCACAUGCUCUACGUCAAAACUACGAUUGAGUAAUGAUGUACGUGUUGGCAGUACAAAACUUGGAGCAACAACUGACAGCCCAUGCCCCGGCUGUACAGUAUCAAAUCUCGAUCCAAAUGCUAUUGCGUACACCCCAAAAGGAUCACUUGUUGCAUCUACUGAAGCUUAAAAAAUCAUUAUUAUUUUUCUUUUCUCAUUUUUCAUCUUUCAAUUCUUUCAAUAUCCAUGACAAGAACAAUUUUCCAACAAAAAACACGUCACUUACUUCAAACAUGCAUGUUUCAUUAUAAUUCCAUCAGUGUCUAUUUCUAUUUCAAAGCAAUCAUUUUUCAUUGUUUUCAAAUUGUUGCAUAUUUCCCGUUCAAUCCCGAGAAAUUUCAACAUUGUAUAUACCUUGCGUAUGCGUUACAUAAAAAUUAUAAAAACGGAUGAAAAAUACAUAUACAUUUAUGUAUAUAUAUAUUCUCCUAAUAAAUAGAACAAGGGCGUAUCAUCGUUGGAUAGUCAUUUGGACAGUUUGACGAGUAUACUAACAAGAAAUUAUUGAUGUAUAGGUAUUUUGAUCAAUUAUCAAUUGAUUUCUUCCUAUAAAACAUUCGUGCUUCCGAAUAGCCAUAUUUUCAAAGAAUACUCAAUUCAUUUCUGUUAAGAAAAUAAUUAUUCACUUGCGGGAAGCAUGAAAGAAAACUACUGUUAUGCUUAUUAGUUGAAUGAACAACUAUGUGUAAACAUUAUAAUUUUUAUUGCUGAAAAAAAAUUUAUUAAACAGAACAAUUCAUUAGAACAGAAGAAAAUCAAGGAGAAAAAACUGAACGAAGCAUUAUAAAAGUAAUAAUGAUAAUAUUUGCGUGUCGUCGUCACCGAAAAACAAGGGUUGUUUAAUAAUAUAAUUCACAAUGGCGGAAAUAUCAUCAUUAUCAUCAUCAUCAUCAUCUCAUGUUAACAUUGAUUGGAAGAUGCUGUAUAAACAAAUGAGUGCAUUCAUAAAGUGGUUAACAUUCACGAUAACUUGAGUGUUUUAACGGACAAAAAAAAAAUUAUUUAAAUUAACAGUGUAAAUGAUGUACCUGAUUUGGAAUGAUGUACUAGUUGUUUUUAAUUUAUUUAGGCGACUGAGUGGUCAAUUAAAUUUAAUAUUUUAUUAUAUUUUUUUUGCCCUUGCAAUGCACUUUCGACUGUUGUGAUUAUUAGGGAUAAUUAAAUAACACAUAUCGUGAAGUCAAUAAUUGAUAAUGGUUUUUUUUAAAUUAAACAGUGGGAAAUUGAGUUGAGCAUGCACCAAGGUGUAUGUGUGUGAUAUUGUUAGUGUUACAAUUCAUCUAUUAUGUUUAAACUAGAGAUUGGUUAGAAUUUUUUUUAAGUACUCUUUUAUAUUCUCGUGAUUGCUGAUAAUUUGUUUUUCAACGUUGAGAGCACAAAGAAUAAGAGGCUUAAAUUAAUUUUGUUUCUUGAUAUUUUUUUUUGGUUUUUUUUUCUUCAAUUUUUAUUCACUAUGAAAUCAUAUCUUGUGUGCUUCCAGUGACAACCUGCGUACUUAUUUAACAAAAUAUAUUUCAAUUAGGUUUAAUGAUUAUAAAUAAAAAGCAGCAAAGACUGUCAACUUUUUUUUGUACUUUGAAUUGUUGCACUACUCAUGAUAGUUAUGACUUCAUGUCCUGUAUAUUUAUAUGAAUAUUAUUUUCCUCGUUUCCCCACAGUAUUGAUCUCACACGCUGGUGGCUGGACACGCAAAUGUUUAUCAUGUCUAUACCAUGAACAUACAUUCUUUGUAUUCAUUAAAUUUUGCUAGAAGAAUGUCAUUGAUUUUUCUCAAACAAUUUCCUAUUUUAUUGAUACUCCGGCGGAAAUAAUACUUCGCGGAGUCCCUUAAGAAUUUUCCACUUCAUGAAAUAAAUUUUACUGAUCAUAUGAGUCUAAAUGAUGACCAUUUCCUCACCUCAGUUGAGUAAAUCCUCUGGGUGAUCUGAAAUUGUCAUCAUACAAUACAUAAUGAGAAAGAAAAUUCAUCUUGAUUGGAAAAUUGAAAUAAUUAACCGGAAGAAAGGAUGAAGGGGAAAUUAAUAGACACACACUUUGAAAUUUGAUUAUUGCAUUAUAUUGUUUUCGCAAUCCAGCUAUAUUGUAUACUCCGAUCGUAUAAUAAUGUUUAUCAAUCAAAGAAAUUCACAAAAUCCAUUCUGUCUUAUCCAUAGAGGAUAUAAGCCCAACUUGUAACAGAACUUUGGAUAAAUGAAACAUGCAUGCGUGAAGUAAGGGCAAUAAUUUUCCUCGUCUUUUGGAGAUACUCUGCUCACUAUGUGUCAACACUAUCAAACAAUUCAGAAUGAAAAAAAAAAUGAAAUGAUAAUAA